GGUGGUCCCGGUCGAAAAACACCGUCCAGAAAAGCAACCGACGGGGCUACUUUGCAUGUUUUUGUAUAGUCCCUUCAGACUUUCAAACAUCUCCCAAAAACAAAACCACGAAACUUCGUAAAACUGACACAAAAUGAUGCCAACAGAGGAAGUGGUGGAUUUUACGUGUUUGUCCUCGGGAAUAAAGUUUGGAAACUACGAGGUGAAAAUGGAGAGCUCAGCUGAGUGAGAGUGGGGUGAGGAGGCUGGAUUUGGCAAAGUUGGGAGUCCUGCCCUGCUGCUAGCAAGCUAGUUAGCAUGCUUAGACACUUCGCUAUCUCGGAUAAGUUAUGAGCCUUCCCUCUGCUGUUAUCCAGCCCGUGAUUCUCCUGGGGAGCUGCUUUAUCUGUGGCAAGACCGCUGCUGACACUACAGCUUCUGCCGAUGGAUUCAAGCAUAGUUGAUGAUCUUAUUUUCUGUGGAAGCUCUGCAUGAAUCCUGAAGAUGACGUUGCAUUUCUCCUAAAGGCAACCCCACUUAAACCCGGUUUCAGAGAGGCUCGAUAUCCCGGGUGCAACACUCCUUCCCCCUCCCUUGAUCAAUCAUUUUUUGUGCAGUGAGCAUCCAUUCUAAUUCAGCUCAUGCAAUUUUCUCCACAAGUUUCAACAUUUUACAGCAUCUGAGAUGGGGCCCUGCUAGCUUCUUCAAGGGGCUUGAGGCACCCCCUGGCUGCUGACAGUGCAGCCUGGCUGUGUGUGUGUGUACAAGAGUCAUCAGCACAGGUUUAUAAAAGAAUACUGUAACAAAAAUACAGCCAAUGAUAAAGUGCUUGCGGGUGCAGCCAGGACACACAACGUGCUUGCCAAAAUGCAUUCAUGAACUUUAAACUGGACUUAAGUGGAUGUAUUGGUUGUAUUCAUGAACCUUGACUGCUGAUGCCAGCUCAUUGGGACUUGAGUGGGUGUAAUCAGCUUUAUUCAUGAACCCUCUGUCUCAGUCUGGGUAUAGCCUGGAUGUUGGAUGCCCUGAGUGUGUUGAAUCAGCUGUUGCUGUGAUGAGGCAGGGCUCCUGGUGGCCUGUGUGGCUGGCUGGGCAGUGGCCCAAGGUGAUGUGAUGGGGUGCAGGAACAGUAAGGUCCUCCCUGAGCCUCCAGGGGAUGUUCAGUUGGACCUGGUCAAAAAGGUUGAUCCUCUCCAACCCCCACAGACAGAUAUCUUUAAGCACUUCAUACGAGGGGAUGGCACUGCAAGCAAGAUGGGCGGGGCUGGUGGAGGGGGCAUUGACAAGGCUGACUCCACUUCCCCAUAUCAGGCCCAGGCACAAGCUGCCACUCCCACCGCUUCCGCCCAGCCACCCAAGGACCCAUGUGAACUGUCGGACCCUCAGCGGAAGAAGGUGGCAAAAUAUCGAGCCAAGUUUGAUCCCCGGGUCACAGCCAAAUACGACAUCAAAGCUCUGAUAGGGCGAGGGAGUUUCAGCCGGGUCGUUCGUGUGGAACACAAGAGCACACGGCAGCCGUACGCUAUCAAGAUGAUUGAGACCCGUUACCGGGAGGGGAGGGAGGUGUGCGAGUCAGAGCUGUGUGUUCUCCGACGCGUUCGUCAUACCAACAUAAUCCAGCUGAUGGAGGUGUUUGAGACGGCGGAACGCGUCUAUAUGGUGAUGGAGCUUGCCACUGGAGGAGAGCUCUUUGACCGGAUCAUCGCUCGUGGCUCCUUCACAGAGCGGGAUGCCACGCGAGUGCUGCAGAUGGUGCUGGAUGGCGUCAAGUAUCUCCACACUUUAGGGAUCACUCACCGCGAUCUGAAGCCGGAGAACCUGCUCUACUAUCACCCUGGGGCCGAUUCCAAGAUCAUCAUCACCGACUUUGGUUUGGCCAGCAGCAGGAAGAAGGGAGACGAGUGUCUGAUGAAGACCACCUGCGGCACACCAGAGUACAUCGCGCCCGAGAUCCUGGUGAGGAAGCCCUAUACAAACGCAGUGGACAUGUGGGCGCUGGGGGUGAUAUCAUAUAUCCUGCUGAGUGGAACAAUGCCCUUCGAGGACGACAACCGCAUGAGGCUCUACCGACAGAUCCUCAAGGGGAAGUACAGCUUCUCUGGAGAGCCAUGGCCCAGCGUCUCCAACCUGGCCAAAGACUUUGUGGAACGAAUUCUAACAGUGGACCCCAGCGAGCGGCUCACAGCUGGCCAGGCCCUCAAGCACCCCUGGAUCGUCAGCAUGGCCGCAUCUUCCUCCAUGAAGAACCUACAGCGCUGUAUAUCUCAGAACCUCCUGAAGCGGGCGUCUUCACGCUGCCACAGCACCAAGUCAGCCCAGUCCACGCGCUCCAGCCGCUCCACCAAGUCCAACAAAGCUCGGCGGGUGCGAGAGAAGGAGCUGCGCGAGUUGAACCGUCGCUAUCAGCAGCAGUACAAUGGCUGAAAUGGGGACCGUGAGGCCAAUGACUGUAGCGGCCCUUAUACUUUAAGGGAAACAGCACUGCAAUGACUGAACCUUUUACAAUGACUACCACCAUUCUAAGUUGCUGCCAGUGUUAAAGGCCAAAAUGGCUUAAAGUCCCAAAUCAUCAAAAAAACAAACAAAAAACAGGGAAACAACUUGACUAAAUCAGUGGCUACAAGCAAAAGAAAAAUUAAGGAUGAAAAUUAACUGCUGCCUGUUGAGACUAUAGAACAAGUCGAAAAAGAUUCCUGAUCCAUAAAGACAGUGAAAUCAAUGAAUUCCUAUGGCACUGUGUCUCCUGAUGAGAGCACAGAAGAACACACCAGUAAAGUAUUGUACUGCAACGGUUACAUCAUCUCUCCAUCCAUUCCUUCACCUUUCCUUUGGCAGGAUGGUGCCUUCCACUACUUUCAUUUUGUCUUUCAAUUCCUGUGUCUCUACAUAUUUAUUUAUUAUUGUUGACAUGAUUAUUAGUCUCCAUUCAAAUGGUCACUGGAUAAUGACCUUCCACGAGGAUCUGUUGAACAGAGUUCUGGGUACUGAAGUUUCUAAGAAGAAUGGGAUACUUUGAGAAGUGGGGAAACCAAAUCCCCGUCACUCAUUCCUGAUUUGAAAAUUGCUGUGAAUUUAUUAUUGUACUAAUUGUACAGACCUUUUUUUAAAGAUAUGGGUGAUGGAAACACACUGCAACAUAACCACACCCUUAAAGGCCAAAAUGAAGGUAUAUUUUUUAUUAGUCAACUGUAAGCAUAUCUAAUCUUGCAAUUAUUGCUCUGUUAAUAUCAUUGUUCUAAAGCUGUCAAAAGAUUGUGAAGCUGUCUUCUAUCCGUGUUUAAUCUUAAAUGUAUUGUAUUAGAUAAUAGGCCACAGAGCCCCACUCCGAAUUAUUUGACUUCACUCGUGAAGUAUCAGCUAUGAGCCUGUGCUUGUAUUACAGUAUUCAAACAUUUCAUUAGACUUGAUAGUGUUCAGUAGUCUUACAGUUUACUUAUUGGUAACAGUGAGAAUGACACAUGUUCUUAGAGCAGCAAUAAAGGCAAAAAGCUUAGUUAUAGAGAGCUACUGAUGUCAGUUGUACCAGCUCUUUGUGAGUUCAGUCUUCGCCUAAUUGGCGUAUUCUGAGUGAGAUUUACGCAGGACUAAAUUAAAAUGGGUUGUGCCACAGAAACUAAUUCUUAUGUAGAGAUUUAUUGUGACUAAAUAUUUACACACAGUAACUGUCAGGUAUAACUGUUAUGCAGUUAGCAUGUGUACAUAAUGUACAUAUACAUAAUGUUAGCUUGCUAACAUGUUUAGAUUGAUGAUUAAAAGAGGUAAAAUUGAAUGUGGCUGAACACUUCAUCAUAAUGCUGUUUUUACUGUUAACUGUUAGUUAAUUUUUGUUAGUUACAUUAGCACUUAUGAUGCUAGUGACUUUGCUAGCAGUUGACGUAAUUUUACCGUCUUAGUUUAAAUGGUACAACCCAAUUAGCUUGACACUAGCAAGUAGUUGCUAAACACUUAAGAAGGACUUUACUCACAAAUGUAUUCAUGGAUUUAUGAAUAGCUGGUGCAACCCAAUCCUAAAGACCUGCCAUCUUUUCUAGCUAGCCUCUGUUCCCACCUGACUCAGCCACUGGCACGCUGUCAAAGUAAUUGUUAAAUUGGAUUUUUUUUUUCUCUUAAAAUGACAAGAGAAAAUUAGAUUUUACUAGACAGUUUAAGAGGUAGUAGAUAUUUACAUAGCACACAAUAUCCCAGAGACAUAAAGACUUUCAGAAUGGUGAACCCGUUUGGACAUAGUCAUAGUCACAGGCUACCAAGGAGCAGAGGGGACUUUGACUUUCAGUAGUUUGACAGAGCCUGCGGCUGAGGCACAGCUCAUUUUCUUCAGUUUUCGGUGGUUGUUUGUACAGUCACUUUAGGCUGGGCAGAUUGUGUCCCUAAACUUCUAUCCUGACUCAAGAUCAAAAUGAAGGAAACCACAGAAGAUAAUGAGGAGCAUGUAGCAGUGAAUCAAAUGGCCAUGAAUACAUAUAUUUUCAAAAGAUGAUUUACAAAACAUAGCACAUGCAACUACACAGUCUUAUGCAGAAGGUUUUUUUUUUUUUGUUUGGAGACAUUAUUUUUUCUCUUUAAGUGCACUUAAUUCAGAAUUAAUUCCAAUCAAUUCUGUCCAUUUGAGUCUGAAUCAUAAUAUGUGCAACACCUAUCGUGUGGAUAGUUGGCAUCCUCACGUGAUAAGGUGUUGUGACCACGGCACUACUCAUAGCUGUUGACAUAAUAGCAGUACUCUGAAAUGAGGCUAGAUUAGGAAUUUUAGUUUUUGUAGUAUUGAGGUAAAGUUUAAAGAGUAAAAGGCUGCAUCACAGUUAAACGAAUUUUCUGAAUUUACUAAACAGAUUAAACGUGAAGUGAACAAGAGGAUGUUAGGGGUUUACGACUGAUUACAAAUGAUUCUCAGACAUUUCUUGCAUCUAAUGAUCUUCAUUCCCAAAUUGGUCAAAAAAUUUGAUAUUAGAUUUUUAUUGUGCCCAGAAAUAACACAAACCAAAGAUUCAGGAUAAUUUCUGGGUCUCAUUUUCCUUUUAUUUCUUUUAUCUGGCAAAGCACUUCAUGUAUAAAGUUUAAUUGAGUUUUGUUUAUUGGACCUGUUCACUGUGUUUUUAUGUAUUCGUCCCUUCAGAAGACUCCCAGAGUAAAUCAGAUGGUACAGUGUCAUCUUUUCUUCUUUAUAUGAUUAUUUUGCUGUGGUCUGCCCCAGAGUCAUAAAGUGUGCUGUUGUGAACUUUUUAACACAUACUGGAAAGCUAACCGAGCCAUGUCAGCUGACCUCAGUUUUUCCUCUCUUUUUGUCUUUUGGCCGUCACUUGUUCCAGGAUGCUCUGUCAUCUUUCUGAUGCUACUCUUUCAUUUUUCCUUAAUGUCAGUGUACCUUUUGAACUUGUGUUUUCUUUGUCCCACUGCUGUCAUCUGAUCUGAUAUCUCACCUCUUGGUGGGAGUAAAUUUCUUAUAUCUUAAAGACUCUUAAGUGAGGCUUAAAUUAUACCUGGUAUCAGUACUUUCAUAUCUUUACCCAAAAUGUGUCUUUUUAAUAUCAAACGCAAAUGUAGGCUUGAAAAGUUGCAUUUAAAAAGUCUGUUGUUUCCUUCUCCACAGAGAAAUACCUGUGGUUGUCAUUUAAAGACAGAUUUUGGGUGAAGUAUAACUUAAAAAUGUCAUUUUCUACAACAUAAAGUAUAAUGAGGUAGCCUUAAUUCUGGUCGUUAGUUCUUCUAGAGCAUAGCAUCUUUCUGAAAUAAACAUUUUUAACCUGUUUUGAAAUGUCAGAUAUAAGAAUCACUGUCACAAAGUAAUCAUUUGGACUCAAAGGAAUUGCAGUGGUUGAAUUAGUCUGCAGAGAUGUUGAGUGCCUGUUGUAUACAAUGUUCAAUGAAUAACCAAAUCAGUGUAUCAGCAGUUUUGCAAAAUGUCAGCACAUUUUCAUUUCAUCUUUUUAUAUAUAUAUGUGAUUUUAUAUAAAUGCUGUCCUAAAUGAAGUAGCCAAUUGUUCAUGUUUUGUUACUGUGUCAAAAUGAAUAACACUUUGAUUCUUCUACCAUUAACUUUUUUAUUUUUUUAAAUGGUGAGUUGUAUGUGCCAAUAAAACACCCAAACCUGA